CAAUUAGAUUCAACGCAUCGUUAACAUCAAAGUCACCUCGAGCGAAAGAAAUCUGCAGCACAAGCUCCCGGAAACCUUACCUGAUCAACCAUCGUCAUCCUUAUGGAGCGGAUUCAAGCUCGGCUUAAUUUUACUCUUUUGCCAGUUCUUGCUGUUUCGGUUCUGCUUCUGCUUCUGCCUUCUCUUCAAGCCACUCAUGUCAAAUAUUGCGACAAGGAUGCUGAUUAUGCUGUUAAGGUUAAAGAUGUUGUGAUAUCACCUAACCCUGUCGUGAGGGGCAAGCCAGCCACGUUUAAGAUUUUAGGUUCUACAGGUGAAAGUAUCUCUGGCGGAAAACUGCUGAUUGAUGUUAAAUACUUUGGAGUGCAUAUCCAUCAAGAAACCCAUGAUUUUUGUGAGGAGACAUCCUGCCCUGUAUCUGGAAACUUUGAACUCUCUCAUAGCCAGUCGUUGCCUGCAUUUACUCCCCCAGGCUCUUAUACCCUCACAAUGAUAAUGUCGGAUAAGAACGGUGAUGAGCUAACUUGCAUCAGCUUUGACUUCAAAAUUCGUAUUGGAUCCUCAGUCUCCGAUAGUUGAGUGCCCGAUCAACAGUUUGUCUUGAUGGCCUUGCGUUCUGCGUAACUGUCCUCUCAAGAAUCAGGCUCCAACUUUCAAGAAUCAGGUUCCGACUUCCCAACAUCUGAAUGUUGUACUUGUAUUUUCUGUCCAAGAAGAUGUUCUGUAAAAUGAGGAUUUUAAUUCCUCUCUGUAAACAUGAAAAGAUGUUGAGACAAAUACCGUAUCAAAUCAUUUGUGCUGUAUGCUAUGUUUGCUUCACGCU